GCUGAAGCCUUCGAGAAAACUCCAUUGCCCUCUGGGCGGCAUCGGGAACUGAAGAACUUAGCCUUGGCCGACCGGGCGGGGGGAAGCGUUUGAGGGACGGACAAGGCAGGGGAGGGUGGCCGAUAGGCUUCCGGUAUAGCAUCGGAAGUACGGUGCUCGGAAGGGUCCGACUCAGGAGGGCUCUUGUCGUCCUCAUCGUCACCGGGCUUGGAGGAGUCAGGAAGGAGUCGGAGGCGCGGGGGACUUGAGUCUACGUCCACGCCAGUGUGGUGACCGCCGGCCCUUUUCUGUGCCCUCGUUGACUCAGCUGCGAAGUGAGUCGUGGGCGAGCUUCCCUCCGUGUCCAGCCUGGAGAACGAGGUCGUUCGGGCAGUGCCCGUGGGCGACGAGGGCGAGAGAUGGUGGGAGUUAGCUGUUCUUUUUCUCUGAAGCUAGAGAAGUUGAACAACUAGGAAAUAGCCAAGAACAGUCCUGGGUUUGAACUUGCCAUCCACGAAACUCAGGAGGAGGAGCUGACAGUCUCUGCAUCCCUCAACCCCUGCAACAGGACCCAGCAUGUCUCAGGCCACCAAGAGGAAGCAUGUGGUGAAAGAGGUGCUGGGGGAGCACAUGGUCCCCUCUGACCAGCAGCAGAUCGUGAGGGUGCUCAGGACGCCUGGGAACAAUCUGCAUGAGGUGGAGACGGCCCAGGGGCAGCGCUUCCUGGUGAGCAUGCCCUCCAAAUACCGGAAGAACAUCUGGAUCAAGAGAGGGGACUUCCUCAUUGUUGACCCUAUUGAAGAGGGAGAAAAAGUGAAGGCUGAGAUCUCCUUUGUGCUCUGCAAAGACCACGUGCGCUCUCUGCAGAAGGAAGGGCUCUGGCCUGAGGCCUUCUCAGAAGUGGCUGAGAAACACAACAACAGGAACAGACAGACCCAGCCAGAACUCCCAGCAGAGCCACAGUCCUCCGGAGAAGAGUCCAGCUCUGAAGACGAUUCCGACCUCUUCGUUAACACCAACCGCAGACAGUAUCAUGAGAGCGAGGAGGAGAGCGAAGAGGAGGAGGCGGCCUGAGUCCCUGGAUCCACUUCUCUUGCUCAGAGACUAGUUCUUGGCUCCUCUGAGCUUGGACAUUCUCAGGGUGCUCUGCAGAUCUUCCCCCCCGGGAUGGGGGACAAGGCAGGACCCCUCUCUGAACUGACCUUUUGCUCAAGGAGAAUUAAACCCCCGGUGGGUGAUGACUUGUGCCGGUGUCUGAGUGGCUCUCUAGAGGGAGGAGGGACCCGUGGUGAAGUGAAAAACUGCUCCUUGGUGGGUCCCUCAGGUGCAGGUCCUAAACGAGCAGGAAAUGGGAAUGGCUGGAACUUUUCCUAGAUUCUCUCUCUCAUUGGGCCAUCAGUGAGCACCAGGCCCUGUGCUGUGCCUUCUUGGAUGUAUUUAGUAGAAACUCGGAACAAUCCAUCUGUAUUAUUUGCUGGUAAUUAAUACUGACUCAGGCAUUCAGGAACACAGCUCUAGGACCUAGUGCCCUACCUCUAAGAGACACUCAGGACAAAUUUCAUAGCACCUGGUAAGCUGCUUUUCCUGGCUUUCUGCUCACUGUCUGCGGGUGCACCGCCUCCAUACUGCUGCGUACAUCACUCUGCUCGGUGGCCUCUUUGAGGCUGCUCUGACUGUUAACUCCGCAGCUUUCCUGCAAACCACCUCAUCCCACUUCCUUGAAGCUUUCACCCCUGGUUAUAUACACUCUCUUCGUUGUUGGCAUUGAUCUUCUAAUCCCUGUUCACACCCUGAACAGUUUAUCUCCUGGCUUCGAGUCUUCCAGCCCUGCUUCUGCUGGCAUUUUCUCCAUCCCAUGGAUGGGCCCGCUCAACGCCAUGGCCCCCUAGUUCCUUGUCUUCCUGUCGAGGCUGCUGCCUACCUCAUUAGUCACUCGCUGCCCUCCCGCCAUUGAUAGGAAUUGCGGCCCCUUUUGAAUUCAGGUAUCUGCAGUCACCGCCUCCUGGCUUUCUGGCUUGCUUGCUCCACUACCUCCUCUGUGACUUCCUCCUCUGUAUCUUCAUCUGCUGCAACCCCCGCACCCCCGCCACCCACCGCACACAUUCUUCCCAUUACUGUCCUGUCUUCGCUUCCCUCCUUGUGCAACAGGGAUUCCAUCCACACCCUCCACUUCCUCAUUUCACUCCCCCGUGCUUAUCCAGUAAGACCAACCCUGGCCAACGCAGCUGUCCACGUCUGGGCCUGUGCUCAAGUAACUGCUAGAGAAAACAGCUAACCUAAAUUCAUAAUUCUAAACCUCAGGUGGACACUGAGCGCUGCCUGUAGAUCUCUGGGAUGUCCUGUUUCACAGCUUGUAUGUUGUCUACCAAUUCUGCCUUCCCCUGUAAGGUGUUGACCACACACUUUGUUAAGAAACUGUAGCCAUUGGAGGGAACUCUCACCUGCUCAUUACCAAGCCUACAGAUGUGCUUCUGGGUUGUCUUGUCUUCAACUUCCCUGUGUAACCCAGUGGGACUUAAACCUUUCCUCUUGUGCUUUGGAGCAUGUCUGUCUUCUUGCUUAAGGAGUUCAUGCACGUUUUGUUUUUUCCCUUUCUCUCUACUGAAUCUUUUAGCAUCAGAGGUGCUGUGGACUCUCCCAUCUAAAACACAAUCUGAAGGACUUGUCACUGGUCGCACAUCCUUUCCAGCUACGGCUUCGUGUUACCUGCUUCUUGGUCACUUUCCCUCCUAUUAGCUUAGUAUAGCUUUAAACGUAUACAUGUCUAUGCAUUUGUGUGUAUGUGUAUAUAUACAGAAAACUUCAGAUGAGUUAAGGAUGUGUACAUGUAUCUAACUUGCCUGAAAUUUAUUUUUUAUGGGAGGCAAAAUUUUUUUUUUCUAAAGGGGUAGUCACUUAUCUUUAUACCAUCUAUUGAAUGAGUCUUUCUUUACAGAUUUAAAACACCUUUUUAAAAUAAACUAAAUCCCUGC